AGCAGCCUGUGGUGUGGUGUGCUGUUAUUCUUAUACAGGGGGAGCAGCCUGUGGUGUCCUGUUGUUGUUAUUAUUAUUAUACAGGAGAAUCGGCAUGUGGUGUCUUGCAAGUAUUAUUAUUAUUAUACAGGAAGAGUGGCCUGUGGUGUCCAGUUAAUAAUAAUAAUAAUAAUAUUAAACAGGUGGAGCAGCCUUGUUGUUGUUAUUAUAAUAAUAAUAAUAAUAAUACAGGGGGAUCGGAUUGUGGUGUCCUGUUAUUAUUGUUAAGCAGGUGGAGCAGCCUGUGGUGUCCUAUUAUUAUACAGUGGUGGCAGUCUGUGGUGUCCUGUUGUUAUUAUUAUUAUGAUGCAUGUGGAGCGGCAUGUGGUGUCCUGUACCUAUAGCAGCACAACACUCCAGCUGUGAGGAACCAGAGUCUUUAUUACACGUCACACGUUCUGUAUUCUCAUCUAUCACUAACCAUGGACACGUCCGGGAGUCACAGGACUGAUAGGAUAAUAAAUAUCACCCUGGAGAUCAUCUACCUGCUGACUGGAGAGGAUUACACAGUAGUGAGGAAGACAUCCGGUGAGUGUGAGACACCCAGCAGCCAUCACCAUGUGUCAGGAGGACUGAGCAGGACCCAGAGCCUCAUCACGGUGCCUCCACCUCACUCACUGAUAAAUGAGAGGCACAAUGACCAGAAGAUCCUGGAACUCACCAACAAGAUCAUUCAGCUGCUGACUGGAGAGGAGGGGGAGUAUAUAGAGGAACACAGGGGUCUGUACAAGGACGUGAUGAUGGAGAAUCACCGGCCCCUCACAUCACUGGAUGGGCCCAGUAACAAAGAUACCCCAGAGCGAUGUCCCCAUCCUCUGUAUUCCCAGGAUUGUACAGAGGAGAAUCACAGGACCCCACAGGAGGAUCAGGUAGAACGUCUGUCUGAUAUUAAAACAGAAGAUAUAGAGGGAGAAGAAGAGACGUAUGUGACUGAUGUGAAGGCAGAAGAUAUAGAGGGAGAAGAAGAGACGUAUGUGACUGAUAUGAAGGCAGAAGAUACAGAGGGAGAAGAAGAGAUGUAUGUGACUGAUAUUAAGGCAGAAGAUACAGAGGGAGAAGAAGAGACGUAUGUGAGGGGUGAUCAGCAGUGUAAGGAGGAGGAAAUCCCUACAGUUGUCUGCACAGCAGAUGGACACACAAGCAGGAAUAUCUCAGAAGGACAUCUAAUGUUAUCCCCGGAUUGUGAAAUAAAAGAUAAUGACAGUAGACAGGAUUCUCCAGGAGAUAACCCCAUUACCCCAAUUAUACAUCCAGCUGAUCCCUCUGAUCCUGGGAAAUGUUCUCCUAAUCACUCUGAUAUUGGUGCAUCUGUUACAGCUCUGACAGUAGAUACAGUGUUUCCCUGUUCUAUGGAUGCCAAAUGUUUUACACAGAACACAAACCUUAUUAACCAUCAACCAGCUAAGGCAGAUGAGAGGCCAUUUUCAUGUUCUGAGUGUGGGAAAUGUUUUCUACAGAAAUCACAACUUGUUAAACAUCAGAGAAUUCACACAGGUGAGAAGCCAUUUUCUUGCUGUGAGUGUGGGAAAUGGUUUGCAUACAAAUCAUAUCUUGUUAUACAUCAGAGAAAUCACACAGGUGAGAAGCCAUUUUCUUGCUCUGAGUGUGGAAAAUGUUUUACCCUGAAAUCAAAUCUUGUUAAACAUCAGAGAAGUCACACAGGUGUGGGAAAUGUUUUGCAUACAAAUCAGCUCUUGUUAUACAUCAGAGAAGUCACACAGGUGAGAGUCCAUUUCCAUGUUCUGAGUGUGGGAAAUGUUUUGCAUACAAAUCAGCUCUUGUUAUACACCAGAGAAGUCACACAGGUGAGAAGCCAUUUCCAUGUUCUGAGUGCGGGAAAUGUUUUACAUGCAAAUCAGAUCUUGUUAAACAUCAGAGAAGUCACACAGGUGAGAAGCUAUUUCCAUGUUCUGAGUGCGGGAAAUGUUUUACCUGGAAAUCAAAUCUUUUUAUUCAUCAGAGAAGUCACACAGGUGAUAAACCGUUUUCCUGUUCUGAAUGUGGGAAAUGUUUUAUUGAUAAAUUACAUCUUGUUAGACAUCAGAGAAUUCACACGGGUGAGAAGCCAUUUUCUUGCUCUGAGUGUGGGAAAUGUUUUUCACAGAAAUCACAACUUGUUCAACAUCAGAGAAGUGACACAAGUGAGAAGCCAUUUCCAUGUUCUGAGAAAUAAGCUCUUGUUGCACACAAUAGACGUCACUCAGGUGAGGAACCAUUUUAUUCUUCUGGAGUAUACUUACCAUUGCCAUGUAACGUUCUUAUCCUAUCUCCCAUGCUUUUUGCAAUAUACAUGCUACCGCAGGGUGAAACAAUAAGACGUCAUGUCCUCGUUUACCACUGCUAUGCCGAUGACCUGUCUCUUGCUCUGGGUAGUGAGAACCCAAUACCAAUCCUCAAUGUCUAGCUGAGAUCCAGGUGUGGGUGAUUCCAGUUGGCUGUGACUCAGUCCUGGUGAAAUAGGCCCUUAUGAUAGAAACUCACCAACAAAGGGCAGGGCUACAGCUCAGCUUUGCCUACCAACCAGACUUUAACUUGGGGGUUCAGAGUUACAAAAUGCUUAUCCGGUAUGGAAUCUUGGUGUCCUGGAUUAUGGAGUGACACUUAGACAUCAGUUAUCAGCCACAAUCAGAUCUUCAUCUGAGGAACAUAGCCAGACUCCAGCACUUGAUUCCCUCAGAAUAUCUACCUACAGUCAUACAUGCAUUUGUAUCAUCACACACAGACCACUGUAAUAUCCUCUACCUGGGUCUCAUGGCAAAACAAUUGCACCACUUGUAUCUUGUACAGAAUGCAGCAUCCAGGCUGUUACCUAAGCAGCCCAUUCCUGCCACUUAACACCCAUUCUCUGCUCCCUCCACCGGCUGCCUGUAAGAUGGUGACUGUACUACAUAAUCUGCUUACGGACUCUCCCAGCCCUACAUGACCAGGGUCCAUGGUACCAGAAGCAGCUUCUGCCUCCUUACUGCCCUGCUUGCUUUCUUCCAUCUGCAGAUGAAAGACUGUUACCAGCAGUACCAAGAAACCCCAUGCAGUACUGAGAUGUCAGGGGGAAGACAGGGUGGGUGGCACUAUUGCUGUAGCGGGGGCUGCCGGAGGCACUGUCUGUGGGUACUAUUGUCCCCAAUCAGCACUGAGGUGGCAGAGGGAGGACACGGUGGUGGCAGUAGUAGGGACUGCAGGAGGCAGUGUCUGCGAGCAAUCUUGUCCAAAAGCAGCACUAAGGUGUCAGAGAGGGAGACAGGAUGGGUGGCAGUAGUGGGGAGAGACAGGAUGGGUAGCAGUAGUGGGGGGAGACAGGAUGGGUAGCAGUAGUGCGGGGAGACAGGAUGGGU